AUGGAGGCUGGCUCAGUGGUUCGAGCCAUCUUUGACUUUUGCCCUAGUGUAUCAGAAGAACUACCACUCUUUGUAGGAGAUAUUAUUGAGGUGUUGGCAGUGGUGGAUGAAUUUUGGCUUCUAGGAAAGAAAGAAGAUGUUACAGGACAGUUCCCCAGCAGUUUUGUGGAAAUCGUGACCAUCCCCAGUCUAAAAGAAGGAGAGAGGCUGUUUGUCUGUAUCUGUGAAUUUACAUCCCAAGAAUUAAACAGUCUUCCCCUCCACCGAGGCGACCUAGUGAUUCUCGAUGGUGCUCCCACUGCCGGCUGGCUGCAGGGCCGAAGCUGCUGGGGCGCGCGGGGCUUCUUCCCGUCCUCGUGUGUCCGGGAGCUCUGCCUGUCCUCACGGAGCCAGCAGUGGCACUCGCAGAGUGCCUUGCUCCAGAUUCCUGAGUACUCGAUGGGACAAGCCCGGGCGCUGAUGGGGCUUUCUGCCCAGCUGGAUGAGGAGCUGGACUUCAGAGAAGGGGAUGUGAUUACCAUUACUGGAGUUCCUGAACCAGGCUGGUUUGAGGGGGAAUUAGAUGGUCGAAGAGGCAUUUUUCCAGAAGGUUUUGUAGAGCUUUUGGGGCCCCUGAGGACUGUGGAUGAGUUGGUAAGUUCUGGAAAUCACGACGAUUGCAUUGUUAACGGUGAAGAAGACACCCCUACAGGAGAAGAGGAGAGGGAGCCCGAAGAGGAUGAGGAGCAGCCAGGGACCUACGGAAUUGCCCUCUACAGAUUCCAAGCCCUGGAGCCAAAUGAGUUGGAUUUUGAGGUAGGUGAUAAAAUCCGAAUUCUGGGGACGCUGGAAGAUGGCUGGCUGGAAGGAUCACUGAAGGGCAGGACAGGCAUCUUUCCUUACCGAUUUGUAAAGCUCUUUCCUAAAACAAGAGCAGAGGAGACCAUGGAUGUGCCAGAGGAAAGCAGCCCUGCUGAGAUCCCUGACACUUCUCUGGAUUGUUCUGAGAACUCCAUAGUAGUAGAAGGAAGAAGACAUGAAACUCUCGAAUAUAAAGCGGAGAAGUCCAACUGUGUUAUUUCUGAAACAUCUGCUUCUCCCCUGGAGCAUCUGACUUUUGCGUAUGAAGUAAACAAAAAUUCUCAUCAGGACGAGGGCACCUCAGGAGGGUCCCAGAGAAGCCCGGGCCUGGGGCACGAACAGCCUCUUGCCAAAGACUGUUUUGCAAAGGAUCCUUCAGAGACUAUCAAUGGGGUUUCCUCUCAACCUCAGGUACCUUUUCGUCCCAGACUGCAGAAAAACCAGUAUUAUUCUCCAGUGGGAGGGAGCCUCCUAAGCUCAGAGCAGUAUCCUGACCCUGUUCCCUUCGAAGCAAGGACUAAAGACUACUCCAGCCUACCUCCCAGAGGAAUGCACUCCCCACCAAAAACCCUUCAGAAGCUGGUGCGACCUCCUCACAGUGGCUCUAGUCUUUUUGCCCCUAGGGUAGUCAGACCCAGCCAGUUGAGCCCUCAGCUCCAGGGCAUGGUAAGAUGUGUUAAAAAGCCCCACACGCUCAAAGAAAAUGCCUCUGGCUUUUGUUCUGGAUCAGAGGUGAAGCCUGGUCUGCAAGAUAAAGGGUUCGCAGUGGAAGCAAUGACACUUGUGCAGGGAGAAGGCAGCACUGACCUGGAUUCUAAGUUGACACAACAGCUGAUAGAGUUUGAGAAGAGCUUGUCAGGACCCGGCACAGAACCAGAUAAAAUUUUGCGCCACUUUUCAAUCCUGGACUUUAACUCCGAGAAGGACAUUGUCCGAGGUUCCUCAAAGCUACUCAGCCAGCAGGAGCUGCCUGAGAGGAGAAAAGCCCUAAGGCCACCGCCACCGCGGCCCUCUGUUCCAGCGUCCACUUCUCCCCAGAGCCUGAAACCUGAACCUCCCUUGGCAGUGCGACCCUCUCGCCCAGCUCCCCUGCCUCCCCCGGCACAGCACAGAAUGAUAUCCCCCAGGCUCCUAACCUGUCCCCAUCCUAGCUGUGAGACCCCAGAAAAGGAGGGCCCUGAGAAUAUGGAACAGACUCCGGACCAAACUUCCCCGUGUCCGUUAGUACUGGUGAGGAUUCAGGAAAUGGAACAGGACUUGGAUAUGUGUAGCGGGGCUCAAGAAGAGCUAAACGUGACGGUGGAGGAGAAGCAAGAUGAAUCAUUAAGGGCAGAGACCCUUGAGGACCUUGAGUUCUACGAGAGCAACAUUGAAAGUCUGAAUAUGGAACUCCAGCAACUUAGAGAAAUGACGCUCCUCUCCUCCCAGUCCUCAUCACCGGUGGCCCCUCCUGGGUCUGUGUACACCGAAAACCCAGAGCAGAGGAUGCUGGAGAAGAGAGCCAAGGUGAUAGAAGAACUUCUGCAGACGGAAAGAGACUACAUUCGGGAUCUGGAAAUGUGCAUUGAGCACAUCAUGGUGCCUCUGCAGCAGGCACAGAUACCAAACAUUGAUUUUGAAGGACUUUUUGGAAAUAUGCAGAUGGUGAUUAAGGUCUCAAAGCAGUUAUUGGCUGACCUGGAAAUCAGCGAUGCUGUAGGGCCUGUGUUUCUUGAUCACCGGGAUGAGCUUGAGGGAACGUACAAGGUCUACUGCCAGAAUCAUGAUGAGGCCAUUUCACUGCUGGAAAUCUAUGAGAAGGAUGAGAAGAUCCAGAAGCAUCUUCAGGACUCCUUGGCCGAUCUCAAGAGCCUGUACACAGAAUGGGGAUGCACAAAUUACAUUAACCUGGGCUCCUUCCUCAUCAAGCCAGUCCAGAGAGUAAUGCGCUACCCACUGCUGCUGAUGGAGUUGCUGAAUUCCACCCCAGAAUCUCACCCCGAUAAAGUGCCCUUAACCAAUGCAGUCCUGGCAGUCAAGGAGAUCAACGUUAACAUUAAUGAAUAUAAACGUCGAAAGGACCUGGUCCUCAAGUACCGAAAAGGUGAUGAAGACAGCCUCAUGGAGAAAAUUUCCAAACUGAACAUCCACUCCAUCAUCAAGAAAUCCAACCGAGUUAGCAGUCACCUGAAGCACCUCACUGGCUUUGCUCCACAGAUAAAAGAUGAAGCAUUUGAAGAAACAGAAAAGAACUUCCGAAUGCAAGAAAGAUUGAUCAAAUCUUUUAUCCGAGACCUGUCUCUCUACCUCCAGCAUAUCCGGGAAUCAGCGUGUGUGAAAGUGGUGGCUGCCGUGAGCAUGUGGGAUGUGUGCAUGGAGAAGGGGCACCGAGACUUGGAGCAGUUCGAGAGGGUGCAUCGUUACAUCAGUGAUCAGCUCUUCACAAAUUUUAAGGAAAGGACAGAGCGGCUUGUCAUCUCUCCCCUAAACCAGUUACUGAGCAUGUUCACGGGGCCCCAUAAGCUGGUGCAGAAGCGCUUUGAUAAGCUUCUGGACUUUUACAACUGCACAGAGCGGGCAGAGAAGUUAAAGGACAAGAAGACUCUGGAGGAGCUGCAGUCGGCCCGGAACAACUACGAGGCCCUGAACGCACAGCUGCUGGAUGAGCUGCCCAAGUUCCACCAGUACGCCCAGGGCCUCUUCACCAACUGCAUCCACGGCUACGCUGAGGCCCAUUGUGACUUUGUGCGCCAGGCGCUGGAGCAGCUGAAGCCACUGCUUUCAUUACUUAAAGUCGCCGGCAGAGAGGGAAACCUUAUCGCCAUCUUCCACGAAGAGCACAGCAGAGUUCUGCAGCAGCUCCAGGUUUUCACCUUCUUCCCAGAGUCGCUUCCGGCUGCCAGGAAGCCGUUUGAGAGGAAAACCGUGGACCGCCAGUCGGCCCGGAAGCCGCUCCUGGGCCUGCCAAGCUACAUGCUACAGUCAGAAGAACUUCGGGCCUCCCUUCUGGCAAGGUAUCCCCCUGAAAAACUCUUCCAAGCAGAACGGAACUUCAAUGCCGCUCAAGACUUAGAUGUCUCACUUCUGGAAGGUGACCUGGUGGGCGUGAUCAAAAAGAAGGACCCCAUGGGCAGUCAGAACCGCUGGCUGAUUGACAAUGGAGUCACCAAAGGCUUUGUGUACAGCUCCUUCCUGAAGCCCUACAACGCCCGCCGCAGCCACUCCGAUGUCUCUGUUGGCAGCCACUCCUCCACCGAGUCGGAGCAUAGCAGCUCCUCUCCUAGAUUCCCACGGCAGAACAGCAGCAGCACCUUGACCGUCAACCCCAGCAGCAUGGCUGUGUCCUUUACCUCAGGGUCUUGCCAGAAACAGCCUCAAGAUGCAUUGAAGGAAGUAGACCAAGAAACUCUCAGUGCAUCCUUAAACUUGGGUUGCUCAGACAGCAGUCUUUCCAGGUGCCCUUCAGACCCAGACCCCAGCUCCCAGCCCAGGCCGUGGGACUCUAUGGAAGCAGUCAGAGACAUUAACCAGCCUGCCCCUGCCCUCAGGAGCCACAGAAACUCCAGGCAUCCAGAAAUGGUAGGUUACUCCCUACCAGGGCGAAAUGGGCAGGGAAAAGACCUCAUAAAAGGAUGUACAAGAACAACCCAGUCUCUGGAAGACAGAAGUGAAGAGCCAGAAAGCAGUGAGGCAGAAGGCAACCAGGUCUAUUUUGCUGUCUAUACCUUUAAGGCACGGAACCCAAAUGAGCUGAGUGUGUCAGCCAAUCAGAGACUCAAGAUCCUGGAGUUUAAAGAUGUUACAGGAAAUACAGAGUGGUGGUUAGCCGAAGUUAAUGGGAAGAAGGGCUAUGUUCCAUCCAAUUAUAUCCGCAAAACUGAAUACACCUGA